UCCAAUAAUACCAAAUGCCUUUGCUAGCCACACUACUCCCCAUCCAUUCGCUCGCUGCCUGCUCUAACUCCAUCUCCAUCUCCUCCAUCAACUACUCCGUCUCCACCCUAAAAAUCUCCCCAUCACAAUAAAGCUUCUCUCACUUCUCUCUCUCUCUUCAGCUCCGAUCCUCUGCGGCCAUGGCUACAGUCCUCGACUCUCUCGUCGUUCCUCGCUCCUCCGCCCUGCCUUCCUCGGCUGCGCUCUCUCCAAUCGCCGCCGCCGCCUCGGUUUCGUCCUUGUCCGGCCGCUCUGGAUUGCGUCACUACAGAGGCCUCAAGGUGGGGUCCGCUCUCCGAACUCGCUCUAUCGGAUCGCUGAGUUACGGUCCCGCUGCCGGAGGAGCUCGUCAUCGCCGAGGUGGGCUCGUCGUCUGCGAGGCUCAGGACACCGCUGUCGAAGUGCCUCCUGUUACUGAUGCAACGUGGCAGUCACUUGUUCUUGAAUCAGACUCCCCUGUUUUGGUUGAGUUCUGGGCCCCAUGGUGUGGGCCUUGCCGUAUGAUCCACCCUAUAAUUGAUGAACUGGCAAAACAAUAUGCUGGGAAGCUCAAAUGCUACAAAGUAAACACUGAUGAAGGCGCUGCAAUUGCAACCCAAUAUGGGAUUCGAAGCAUCCCGACUGUCAUGAUAUUCAAGGGUGGCGAGAAAAAAGAUACAGUUAUUGGCGCUGUUCCCAAAUCCACAUUAACCACCAGCAUAGAAAAGUUCUUAUAGAGGUGGUAAGUAAUGAAUGUAUUUGCUGGACCUAAGCUGCGCCUUUGUAUGUGUUUUUUCUCUUUCUAGAUUCUGAUGUCUCAGAGUUUAGAUACCAAAAUAAACUCAUGUCUGCUUCUGUAUAGUUUACUUGGAUAAAGCUGUAACUUUUUUCCGUUUUUUUUCAGAGAAUGCUAGUUGCUUAGUUAUUUAUUACCUGAAUCUCUCUUUUAGAAUGUUAGUUGUGUACGUGGGAAUUUUGGGCAUGCUUGCCUUUGUUACA